AUGAGAGAGUUUGUUUCACAACCAAUUAGAGUGAAGGAUUUCUUGACAUCUCAUUUUGGCCAGGAUAACUAUAACAAUAAUAUUCAAGCCUCCACCAAAACUGUUAUAUGUAAGCAUAACCAAGCAGGAGUUGACUUGGUACUUCCAGUUCUGUUGGAUUGGGAUGGAUCUAAUACUAUAUCACUUGAUUCAAUGUCUUACUUUCAGAUCCAAAUCAAGAAUUGGAAUCAGUUUCAUGAUGAUUAUGAUUGGACUGCUUCGGCUACAAGUAAACUCUCAAAAGAGCAUGCCUUCAAAGGCAGAAUCACAGGGAAAAAUCGCAACCCAUACCUAUCUUUAUAUUUCCAACUGGAUGCUCCAAUACCAGAAUUAUGA